UAGAGCGGAAGUGGAGGAGUAGCCGGAAGUAGCCGGAAACGAAGUCGGACAGAGUUUGACAAGAGCCGGAGCUGUAAGGAGGAGGUGGUCAGCUAUGGAGUUGGGCGAGCUGCUUUACAACAAGUCUGAGUACAUUGAAACGGCAUCUGGAAACAAAGUUAGUCGGCAGUCAGUGCUGUGUGGAAGCCAGAACAUCGUCCUCAAUGGCAAGACCAUUGUGAUGAAUGACUGUAUUAUCCGAGGAGAUCUGGCAAAUGUCAGAGUUGGACGCCAUUGUGUUGUGAAAAGUCGUAGUGUCAUAAGGCCACCAUUCAAGAAAUUCAGCAAAGGAGUUGCCUUCUUUCCUUUACAUAUCGGGGACCAUGUCUUUAUUGAGGAAGACUGUGUGGUCAACGCAGCUCAGAUUGGUUCUUAUGUUCAUGUUGGGAAGAACUGUGUGAUUGGGCGCCGGUGUGUAUUGAAAGACUGUUGCAAAAUUCUCGACAACACAGUAUUACCGCCAGAAACUGUGGUGCCACCAUUCACUGUCUUCUCAGGCUGCCCAGGACUCUUCUCAGGGGAGCUCCCGGAGUGUACCCAGGAGCUGAUGAUUGACGUCACCAAGAGCUACUACCAGAAGUUUUUGCCCCUGACACAAGUCUAGUGUCUCUGCCCCGUGUCUUGAAUUUGCCUGAGCUCUAAGAUGAACUUGGGGAUACAGUGAGCCCAUCGUCACUUACAAAGAGCUCUUAUGUGUUUGACACCUCCCACCCACCCUCUUUUUUUUUUUUUUUCUUAAUUCUUCAGAGUUUUUCAAUCCUUCAAGGCUCUAAGCUCUUAAAAAUUUAGUAACAGAACAUCUGGAGGCAUUGUCUCCAAAUGCUCUGCUUAAACUUUAUUAACUUGAUACUGUUAUCUUCGGAACAAAGAACCAUCUGUUCCCGAUGCCCUGGCCUGGUGGUCCUGUGGCUGGAUAGAUCUUGCCUGAAACAGGCCACCCGAGCAGGAGCACUUUAUCAGAGCAGGGAGGUUAUGUAGCGGGUGUGCUGUCAUGGCCUUCAGGCUGCCCACAGUGAGCUCACACUCACACGGAUCACUCUCAGCUUCCCUGCUGCUAACACAUUGGCUGGUGGCCACAUUGCUCAUAAUUCUGGAAAAAUGUGUUCGUGAAUCUUCAGAACCUAGAUUCCUGAAGGGCACUAAAACUUGAAGGGAGGGGUGCUUAGUGUUUCUUUUCUUCCCAGAAUGACCUUUGCUGUCCCCAGGGUGGUUAGUAAGAGACUUUCUAGCAUUCCAUUGUACGGUCUUUGGCCUUCACUAAAAGGAGGGACCUUAGCACCCUAGAUUCUGUGUUGCAAAGUCCCAGGUUUGAGUCUCCCAUGUAGAUAGGCUAGUUUGGCAGUCACUCCUUAUCUGAAGAUAUUUUGGGGCAAUGAUAAACUAUGCCUUAUCCCAUUGUAGACAUAGCAUUCGUGAUACUUGCUGUUUGGCUAGAACCAUUCAGCCCACCCUGUAAAGGCCAUAAAACCCACAUAGUUCAGACCAAAAUAUCUGUACUUGGACUCAAUCACAUAUGUUCUUGUGGGGCUGUUAGAACUGUCUUGUGGGCACAAGACCCCAAGGAUUCAGUGAAGUCACCAAUGCCAUUCUUACCACCUCCUUCUGGUCAUACAGCCCUUCCUGAUUCUGCUCUGACCUUGGCUUAAGAAGGAAGAUUUAGUAGUGAGGGGCUGAGGAGGUUGACCUUGCUUAAUGUCUGGUUCUGCUGUAAACAAAUAGGGUAGAUGCCUUCAACCUUGAAGGUUAGAAUCUUGCAGGAGCCUUCUUGACUUAAUAUCCGGCUGUAGGGUUUGCAAAUACAGCUGUAUGUAAUCAUCGCUGCUAGUUCAGUGUAAAACUGCUUUCUGGUUUGUCACUUUUUUUGUGUUUGUACAUUAAAAGAGCCAUCCAUGAAAGAAGUCGUGUGAAGGUAUUACUUCUCUUCCUCAAGCAGGUUAAUAUGUGCCAGGGGCUGGGCUGUGCAUUCUACAUUCUCAAGAUUGCUUAUUUCUCAUGACAACUCAGUAAGGUGGAUGUCAUUCCCAUUUUAUAGAUGAGAAAACAAACUCCAGACAUUAGGUAACUUGCUUUAAAUCAGUCAUCGGAGAAGUGACUGACCAGGGAGUCACACCCAUGUCUGUCUGGCUCCAUGGCCUGUGCUCUUCAGCUCUGUCUUGGAAAGACGUAUCUGCUUGUGUCCCAUCUGACACCAGCAGUCUGUUAAUGGCUGCAAGUGUUUUUGUCUUAUUCUGGCAUCUUCCCCCAACUCCCUUCUCCUUUUGUGCCAUCAGAAAUUGGCAAAGCUUAGAUGCUCCCUAGGCUAACCUCUUGCUUACUGCAGAACUCUUCUGAGACAUGUCUAAUUACCAUCCAGCCUGUAUUUGAACAUCUCCAAAAGGAAGCUUGCCAUGUUAGGUGACUGACUGCCCAGUUUGUUGGUAAACAACCAAAAUCAAGAAAAAAUGUGUAAGUGUGUGUGUGUGUGUGUGUGUGUGUGUGUGUUGUUGUUGUUUUAGCCUCUUACAACAAACAUGAUUUUAAAAUCUUUAAGUAUUCCAAGCACAGGGCUUCAAAUAUCCAAUCCAAAUAGUGGAGAAGGAGAAGG